CUCGCCUAUCAUCAGUCAACGUAAAGCCAACUCCUCCUCUUCUGCUGUUACGCACAUGCAAUCUUCUUGGCAAAAGACACAACAUUAUCCAAACAGACUACUGUAAAGGAAAACUGCUUCAGACGGCCAGCGGGAUUGUAUAAAGCUGCGCGCUGCUGUGUUUCCUGUUUUCCACUGAAAAGUAUUCCGAGCGACAUCCAUCAGCUGCUGGAAGCCUCAGCUUGGACUGUUGAACCUGGAGGAGAAGCAUUCCCUCAGCUUUUUGGACGUAUCUUUUUUGUUCUCUCUUACUGUGUGAUGCACUAGGAGGCUCCUGCCCGGCUCUGGCAGUGGAACAGAGUUAAUGUUCUGCACAAAAAGGGGAGACAUUUUCCAAUGACUUGCAGACUGUCGAAAUCCUGAAAUAUUACUCCCGGCGAGGAGCAGAUAUCGGUGCUGAGACACAUGCAGCGGGGCUUCUGUAAUUCGUAUGUUUAUUCAUCGUACACGGAAGAGUAAAUAUAGUAUGGUGUAUUAAAUCUGGAGAUAUACCAGGGCAGAGAAAAGGCAUUUGGUAAUAAGAAAGAAAUAACACCUUACCUUUGACUAAAUUCGACUAAGAAAACCAAAAUAUGUGUGGUUAUUUAUGAAUUAAUCAUAGCUGAUUAAUAAUGAGAGCUGCAGAGAUUCGGAUGACGAUUUCCAUUGGCAGAUGAGACGUAGUGGGGAGAACACGUGUCCAAUUUUCCCUCAUAUUUUUUCCUCCCUGAUCUGGAUUUUUUUACUUGUCACGGCAAGAAAGGAAACCCUAAAAUCUGACUUGUGAGAGGCGUUCCUGCGCCGGCUUUCGCCUCUGAUGGACAUCUUGGCUUGCAGAUCGGAAGAGAACAGUUAUAAUAUCAUCCCUUCUGCGGCAACUAUGCUUUUCCAUGGCCUCCCUGGAGGCGACGUGCACGGUGUGGUGGAAGAAAUGGACCGGAGAGGAAAGAGCGAGUCAGCAGCCAUCAGCUCGACCAUCGAUAUGGGGGAGUCAGAGACGUCCAUGCCGUGUAUGGCCGGCGAGCGCGUGGCUCUGUGCGCGGGCUGCGGCAGGAAGAUCGCGGACCGGUACUACCUGCUGGCGGUGGACAAACAGUGGCACAUGCGCUGCCUCAAGUGCUGCGAGUGCAAGCUGAACCUGGAGUCAGAGCUCACCUGCUUCAGCAAAGACGGCAGCAUCUACUGCAAGGAGGACUACUAUAGAAGAUUUUCGGUGCAGAGAUGCGCUCGGUGCCACCUGGGGAUCUCGGCCUCGGAGAUGGUGAUGCGGGCCCGGGACCUCGUGUAUCACCUCAAUUGCUUCACCUGCACCACCUGCAGCAAGAUGCUCACCACCGGGGACCACUUUGGCAUGAAGGACAGUCUGGUGUACUGUCGGCUGCACUUUGAGACUCUCAUCCAGGGAGAAUAUCAGACACAUUUUAACCAUGCGGAUGUUGUCCCGCACAAAGGCCUGGGCCCGGCCAACACUCUUGGACUAUCUUACUUCAACGGCGUGGGCUCGGUGCAGAAAGGCCGGCCCCGGAAGAGGAAGAGCCCCGGGCCGGGGGCAGAGCUGGCUGCUUAUAACGCAGCGCUGAGCUGUAACGAGAACGACGGCGAGUCCAUGGACCGGGACUCCCAGUACAGCUCCAGCCAGAAGACCAAGCGCAUGCGGACGUCCUUCAAGCACCACCAGCUGAGGACCAUGAAGUCCUACUUUGCCAUCAACCACAACCCAGACGCUAAGGACCUCAAGCAGCUCGCCCAGAAGACCGGCCUCACCAAGCGGGUGCUUCAGGUCUGGUUCCAGAACGCCCGGGCCAAGUUCAGGAGGAACCUGCUGCGGCAGGAGAGCACAGGGGGGGACAAGGCCUCUGACGGCUCCACGCUGCAGGGCGGGACACCGUCCGGCCCGGCUUCGGAUAUCUCUAACGCCUCCAUGAGCCCCUCCAGCACCCCCACCACCCUCACAGACUUGACCAACCCCACAAUGCCCACCGUCACCUCCGUGCUCAGCUCCGUGCCAGGCGGCAUGGAUGUCCACGAGUGCCGGAGUCCGUCACAGACCACGCUGACCAGCCUCUUCUGAUGCCUCACCCCCACCCUCCCCCCUCCCACCUCUGCUUCGCCCUACUCGAUCUUAUACUAAGAACUGUUGACUCCUUCCAACAUUAAAUGGAUUAGAAAAGAGAAGGUAACGGAAACAUGAAACAAGAAUUCCUUUUGCUCUGAGCCCAUUAGAGACUAUUUACAUAGUGAGGCGGCCAGGCCUUACAGAUGGAGCAGUUGUUGUUAUUUUGAUGUUGUUGUCUUGUCGAGAACUGAAGAGACUUGAUUUGCAUUUUUCAAUGUUUACAGAAAGAGACUGCGGGAAAAAAGAAACUGAUGGAUUUUUAAUUAAUUCAUUUUUUCCAGCA